AUGGCCGACAUCACCAGCGCCGGCAAAACCGACGUGGCAACCCACCAGGAACACGCAGACACCAACGCCGAAAAGCAGCUUCACCACCAUGCUGCUGAUGACGAGACUGCUGCCUAUACGACAGGCACUGCAGUCACUAUCGACCCAGCGACUAAUCGGCGACUUUUCUGGCAGAUCAACCGUCGGGUUCUUGUCUGUAUGCUAGGGACAUACUUCUGUCAGUCCCUCGACAAGGGAACUCUCGGAUUUAGCUCCAUAAUGGGGAUCCAGGAGGACGCGGGCCUCGAUGGGGAUCAAUAUAACUGGCUGGGAACAAUCCUCUACAUCGGCGUCUUGGUAGGCGAGUAUCCGACCAACCUGCUCAUCCAGAAGUUGCCUGUUGCCAAGUAUCUCGCUGCAAAUGUCUUCUUAUGGGGCGUGUGCAGCGCUGCUUCGACCAAUUUUCCCGGCCUCAUGGUCGUUCGCUUUCUGCUUGGUGUCUUCGAAUCGUGCGUGCAACCUGCAUUCAUCGUCAUGACGGCCAUGUGGUUCACCCGACAGGAGCAGGCAGUCCUUACCAGCCUCUGGUACUGCAUGACCGGCGUCCAACUGAUGGUCGGCGGAAUUCUCGCAUGGGGUACAAGCCACUAUAUCGGCCAUCACAUUAAAUCAUGGCAACUCCUCUUCCUCGUCCUCGGCGCAUUAACGUGCGUCUGGGCCGUUUUCCUGGGGUGGUACCUCCCCGACAGCCCUAUGAAAGCGAAAUGCUUCACCGAAGAAGACAAGCAGCUCAUGGUCGAGCGGGUGCGCGCCAACGAAACAGGGAUCCAGAAUAAGCGGUUCAAGAGGUACCAGCUUGUCGAGGCGCUGACGGACCCGAUUACAUGGCUCUAUGUGUUUCUCCAGCUGUCCAGCACGCUGGUUAUUGGCGGCCUGGGGGUGUUUUCUAACAUCAUUAUCAAGAGCUUUGGGUUUACCACCCUCCAGACGCAACUUCUCAAUAUCGCCCAGGGCGGAGUCACUGUCAUCGUCAUGGUUGGUGGUGCCUCGUUGGCGACGUGGAGUCGCAGAACUGUGUUUGUGAUGCAUUUGUGGACAUUCCCUGCAAUUGCCGGCACAGCCGUCAUCUACUCCAUCUCGCCAACCCCAUCCACCCGCAUCGGCCUCCUAAUCGCCUUCUACUGCACGCAGUUCAUCCUCGCCGAGGGUAAUCUCCUCUUCUCGCUCAUCUCACGCAACGUUGCUGGGCAAACGAAGAAGUCAACCGUCCUGGCAAUCACGUUCAUCGCGUGGGCGGCGGGCAAUGCAACAGCGCCCCAGAUCUUCCAAUCGACCGACGCUCCACGCUACAUCAACGGCUUCACGGCACAUUUCUGUCUCUACGGGCUCUUUAAUAUCCUCCUUGUGGCGCUGCGGUUUAUCUAUAUCGCACGGAACAAGAACAGGGCGUCGCGUGAAGAGAGGAACCAUGCGUAUGCGUUUCUGGAUUUGACCGAUAAGGAGAAUUUUGAUUUUGAGUAUGUCUACUAG